AUGGCUAUAGCAGCACCGGGGCAACUUAAUAUUACCGAGUCACCUUCAUGGGGAUCUCGGAGUGUUGAUUGCUUUGAGAAAUUGGAACAGAUUGGUGAAGGUACUUAUGGUCAAGUUUACAUGGCUAGAGAAAUUCUAACUGGGGAAAUUGUUGCACUGAAGAAAAUAAGAAUGGACAAUGAAAGAGAGGGGUUCCCUAUUACUGCCAUACGAGAAAUUAAAAUUUUAAAGAAGCUGCAUCAUGAAAAUGUAAUUAAGCUGAAAGAGAUUGUAACAUCUCCAGGUCCUGAGAAGGAUGAGCAAGGGAAACCAGAUGGUAACAAGUAUAAAGGUGGCAUUUACAUGGUUUUUGAAUACAUGGACCAUGAUUUGACUGGUCUUGCUGAUCGUCCUGGGAUGAGAUUUUCAGUUUCACAGAUUAAAUGCUAUAUGAGGCAGCUUUUGACGGGGCUUCACUACUGUCAUGUAAAUCAAGUACUUCACCGCGACAUCAAAGGCUCUAAUCUGUUAAUAGACAAUGAAGGGAAUUUGAAACUCGCAGAUUUUGGUCUUGCUCGGUCGUUCUCAAAUGAUCACAAUGGGAAUCUUACAAAUCGUGUAAUCACUUUAUGGUACAGACCACCAGAGUUGCUGCUUGGGACCACUAGGUAUGGUCCAGCUGUCGAUAUGUGGUCGGUGGGUUGUAUUUUUGCUGAGCUUCUACAUGGAAAACCAAUCUUUCCUGGAAAGGAUGAGCCUGAGCAAUUGAAUAAGAUCUUUGAGCUCUGUGGCGCUCCGGAUGAGGUGAAUUGGCCUGGAGUUUCUAAAAUUCCUUGGUAUAACAAUUUCAAACCAACAAGGCCAAUGAAGAGACGUCUCAGGGAGGUUUUCAGGCUUUUUGACCGGCAUGCUUUGGAGUUACUUGAGAGGAUGCUGACUCUUGAUCCGUCUCAGAGAAUAUCAGCCAAGGAUGCACUUGAUGCCGAGUAUUUCUGGACUGAUCCAUUGCCUUGUGAUCCCAAGAGUUUGCCGAAGUAUGAGUCAUCCCAUGAGUUCCAGACAAAGAAAAAGCGCCAGCAGCAGCGGCAACAUGAAGAGACAGCGAAACGUCAGAAACUACAGCACCAACAACAGCAUACUCGCCUUCCACCAAUCCAGCAGUCAGGGCAAGGCCAUGCUCAGAUGCGGCCUGGACCAAACCCGCCCAUGCAUGGUAAUCCACCACAGGUAGUUGCAGGUCCUAGCCAUCAUUAUGGAAAGCCUCGUGGACCUUCAGCCGGGCCAAGCAGAUAUCCUCAGAGUGGAAACCCUUCCGGGGGAUACAACCAUCCAAAUCGCGGUCAAGGUGGUGGAAAUUACGGUAGUGGUCCAUAUCCACCUCAAGGACGGGGCCCACCAUAUGGUUCAAGUGGUAUGCCUGGUGCUGGUCCUCGGGGAGGAGGUAGUGGCUAUGGUAGUGGUGCUCCAAAUUAUUCUCAAGGUGGUCCAUAUGGGGGUUCAGGUACCGGCCGUGGCUCAAACAUGAUGGGUGGCAACCGCAACCAACAGUAUGGUUGGCAGCAGUGA